AUGGCCACCUGGACACCUGAUCCGACCUUCUACCCUUCGCCCAAGAUGGCGAUGGAUGCCCCCCAGGAGGAGCUCGCAUACGUUGCGAUCGUCAACCCGACUAGCGACGGAAAGCCGGACGCGCUCGGUGUCAUCGACGUCAACCCAGACUCUUCCACCUACCAGCAGGUUGUCGGCCGAAUGGAGAUGCCAAGCUCCGGGGACGAGCUGCACCACUUUGGUUGGAACGCCUGCAGCGCGUCGCUGUGCCCGAACAUGCCUCACCCGCAUGUUGAGCGACGGUAUCUGCUGCUAGGCGGUCUGCGAUCGUCCAACAUAUAUGUUGUGGACACCAAGGAUGAUCCCAGGAACCCAAAGAUCACGAAGGUCAUCGAGGCAGACGAGUUCCAGAAGAAGACCGGGUACAGUCGUCCUCACACGGUCCACUGCGGGCCGGACGCUAUCUACAUGAAUGCCCUCGGAUCGCCGGACGGCAAUGGUCCGGGUGGGAUAUUCAUGCUCGAUCACGAUACUUUUGAGGUGAAGGGCAAAUGGGAGGCCGACCGCGGCCCACAGGUCCUUUCGUACGACUUCUGGUGGCACAUUAACCACGACACCAUGAUCACCAGCGAGUGGGGAACACCCAAGAUGGUGGAAUCGGGAAUCGUUCCCGAACUGCUUCUGGACGGCCAGUACGGUCAUCAACUACACGUCUGGGACCUCAGAACUCGCAAGCACAAGCAGGUGAUCGACCUGGGAGCCGAGCAGCAGAUGGCGCUGGAGCUCCGGCCCGCGCACGACCCUCGAAAAGCGUACGGGUUCGUCGGAGUCGUGACCAGCCUGAAAGACCUGUCCGGGGCAGUCUUCGUAUGGCAUCAGGACGGCGACGAGUGGACGGCCACGAAGGUCAUCGAGGUUCCGGCCGAGCCUGCCGACCCUGAUCUUCUGCCCCCGCUUCUGAAGGGCUUCAGCGCGGUGCCGCCCGUCAUAACAGACAUCAACCUCAGCCUGGAUGACAAAUUCCUGUACGUAUCGUGCUGGGGCACAGGCGAGUUCCGACAGUAUGACGUGUCCGACCCCUUCGACGCGAAGCUCACCGGCUCCGUCCACCUGGGGGGAAUCGUCAGGAAGGCUGCACAUCCGAACGGCACGCCACUGAACGGCGGCCCGCAGAUGGUCGAGGUGAGUCGCGACGGACGCAGGAUCUACCUGACCAACUCGCUGUACGUCGCGUGGGAUGAGCAGCUAUACCCGGAAGGCAUAAGGGGCUGGACUACCAAGAUCAACGCAUCGCCGGACGGUGGAAUGGAGGUAGACCCGGACUUCUUCAUGGACUUCGGCGACGAGCGUCCACAUCAGAUCAGGCUGGAAGGCGGAGACUCCUCUUCCGACUCAUUCUGCUACCCAGACUGA